CCAACAUUUACUUUCUGCUAAAUCAAAUUUUGUCUAUCUAAUUGAUGCUUUGUUUUUACUUCUAAGUUGUAAUUUACUAUGGAAUUGCGACCCGUAAUCUGAUACUAUUCACCUAACAGUCAGAUCUUUUAAAAUCUGUCAUUUCGAACACUCGCAAGUGUUUUAUUGAGGCUCAUGUAAACAUGAACGGAUGAACUUGUGAAGUGCUGACCGAUCAUGGGUGCUGAAAACAGUGUGUUGGCAGACUGUGAAUGGGGUGAUGAGAUAAAAGUUCCAUCUAACAUGGACUGGAAAAUGACCAAAGCUACACUGAAGGACGAAACACAUGUCACUAUAUUUCAGCACAAAAAGAAUAAUAAGAAGGCAGGGGAUUUGCUUGAAAAUGGCACAAAAAAUCUCAAAGCUCUGCGUCAUCCAGACAUUUUGAAGUUCAUCUCAUCAGGUGAAAAUGUUGAUGGAUCAUCCUAUCUAGUAACUGAGCAGGUUGAGCCUCUGGAGCUUCAAAUCUCAACACUUUCACCCAUCGAGCUCUGUGCUGGACUGCAUAGUGUGCUGAAGGCUCUGGUCUUUCUUCACGACACAGUUGGUGUAUGUCAUAAUAAUGUCUGCCUGUCGUCUCUGUACGUCACCGAUGAUGGAAGUUGGAGGCUUGGUGGUUUGGAACAUGUCUGCAAAUAUAAAGAAGUUACACCAGAAUUCUUGGAAAAAUGUCUUGCAUUUAGGAAUAGUGAAGCUAUUGCACCGGAAGAAGAGGAUGGAAGCUUGGAAAUUAGCAUCGACUUUGGUUAUGUGAGAGAUGUUUAUGCCUUUGGUGUUUUGGCAGAAUCAAUGUUGGAAAAAUUAAAUGAUUUAGGAGAAGCAACAAAAACAUUUGAAUUGAGAAUUCUUGAUGAAUGUUUGAAUGAUGAUCCCAAGAAGAGACCUAAGUUGAAGGAAUUGCUAAACGACAGACUGUUCAGGCAAGACUUCCUUGGUAUCUUGAAUUUCUUGAAAACCGUGGCAACCAAAACUUCAGAAGAAAAGAAGGAUUUUUUUAGGUCUCUAACAGAGAAGUUGCUUGGGCUUCCAGAAGAGCUUGUGGCGAAAAGACUGGUGGUACUGUUACUUUCUAGAUUCGUUGUCCUGGACGAAUCGGCCAAACAAUACAUGAUACCCAGCCUGCUUACUCCAUACAGAGGUGACAAAAGGCCAGAUUAUCAUAAAGGACCGAAAAGACCAGUUCUUCAUACAUCAUUGUUCAAGUUAUAUGUUAUACCCGUGCUGAGCAAAAUAUUUCAAAUUCGGGAGGUUCAUAUACGACUCGCUCUCCUCGCACAUUUCUCUUCCUAUGUCGACCUGUUUGAGAAGGAAAUUUUAGAGGAUUCCAUUGUCAUUCAGUUGCUGCUUGGUCUAAGGGACACAAAUGAUGCACUUGUAGCAGCCAGUUUACACGCCCUUGCUGAAGUUGUACCCUUCCUCGGUGCUGAUGUCAUAAUUGGAGGGACACGGAAAAAAUUCUUUACAGAAGGGAUGCCAAAGUUUGGCAAUAUUCAUGAUGGCAUAGGUAAAAAUAUGUCUGGUGCUAUGGGUAAGAAGAUACUGUUGAAGGAUUUAGCAACAAUGAGCAAUGGUGAAAUUACACUUGGUAAUAGUGAGAAAAGGAAGGAGAAGGAGCAGAGGAGAGAGGAAGCUAGACGGAGGAGAGAAGAACGAAAAAUUCAGCAUAGAGAGAAACGAUUAAAAGAUUCCAAAACAUCAAUAGCUGUUGAGAAGAUUCCCACCAAGAUCAUGAAAGAGAGUUCAGAAACAAACGAAAACGCUAAUUCAAAACUACAUCCAUCUUCAGACCUUGUGCCAGGUGAUGACUUCGCAAACCAGGAAUCCGAUUCUCCAGAGUGGGACUCAUGGGAUGGGGAGAGGGAAAAUGAUACUAGUCUGUAUGAGGAUGGAGAACUGAGCGAUGAGAUCGAGAAAGAACUGGAGAACAUGCCUACCACAAUAGCAUUCAAAGAAUCACAGGACAACUGUUCCAAAUCGGACAUUUCUGACUCCAUGCGAAGCUCUGGGUACAAACUAAAGAGUGCUUUGAAGUUGAGUGGGAAGUCCAAGCAACAGAAUGCUUCUAGAGUGCAUUUUGUGGACCAGAAUCACUUGAAUAGUGAGAGAUCUUUAGAGUGGGGUCCGACUUUGGAUGACAGAUCUCAGGAGUAUAACACUGAAUCUCAUGCAAAUACAAAAUCGGUGAACGCUGAUCAUGGGAACAAAGUCACAUCCAGUCUGAAUGUUCCUCUAGGUUCUGAGUUCGAUGUGAAGAGCAUAGAAAUCAAACCCAAGAUAAGUGUGGAAUUGGAUUUCUUUGCCGACAUGGCCCCAGAGAUAAAAUCAGGGCCCAAGGACCCAUUAACUCUGAUUAUGAAUGAAACUUCCCAGCUGAAAGAAAGUAAAGGUUUAUCGGACGAAACCGCUCAUGCACAGGAAAUUUCAUUUGCAGUGCUCAGUACCCCUGAAUCUACGGACGAUGCUUCAGGAUGGGGUGAUGAUCUUGACUGGGGAUCUGAGAAUCUCUGAAACAACUUACUGGGUUUCAUGUGCAAUAACAUGGCUCUGAAACUUAAUUCCUUUUUAUGACUGUCGAUUCCUUCAUAGCAUUUAAGGUCUCCACGAGUCCAAAAUAUUUGACUUGAGUACUCUAGAAUCAAACUUGACCCCGACCAGAGUACCCGACACUUACACUAGAUGACAAUCAGACUAAGGAAUAAAGUGAAAUAGCUUUAUGCAUCUUAAUUCCAUCGCUGAACAUGGAUGCCAAAUGAUGCCAUUGUAUUGCGUUCCA